UCAACCAUUGACAGGUAUUAAUCACCGAAUCCAACCACAGGCACAGUUAUCAUUUGAGCAAGUAGUUUUGGUUUAAAGCAGUGUGGUUAUUUAUUAUCAGCUCUUCCCAAUCAAUUGCCACAGUCUAGCACAAUACCAAUUUCACCUCUCAAAGACAAACGGUAGUGUACUUGUUCCCAAGGUUAAUUAUAAUUCAGUCCACUCGUCAAAACUUAUCUCACGUUUUAAGAACAGGUACAUAAGCUAAACACCUGUCGUCCACGCCGGCUACUAAUAGCCACUGAAAUUAAUUGAUUGAUUUAAAACCUUGUUAUUGUGCAAGACUCAAGUCCAUUUGAGGUACUCUUUUAUUAUUAUCACAGGCCAGUAUAAGUACCUCAUCAUUUGUCCCUUUUAUUCCAGAAAUUCAUAUAAAUAAACACCAAUACAACUUCACCAAACUUAUCCACUUGAUUAGGUCAAUAAAACCAAACAAUAGCAUCCUAUAAAUCUGGGUUUGAUGAUGAUGUUGAAGGAACAAUUCAAACGAUUCAACAAUCACGUUUCCAAUCAAAGAAAAAUUUCAAAAGAAAAAUCGAAAUCUUCACCAUCUUCACCAUCAAGUACACCAAGAUCAUCUUCACCAAAUGGCACUGAUUCAUUGAAAAAACAAAUCAAAGCUGGCGGUAGUACCGCGGUUGCUAAUUUACAAUUCAAUAAUCAAUCAGAACCAAAUUACGUUUAUGAUUCAAAUGGUGCCUUCAUCGAUAGAGUUCCUUCAAGUUACCUUCAUCGGUUAAAACAAGAUUUAAACCAAUCAGAACCAGGUAUUUACAACAUCUCUACAACUCAUUUGAACAAAGUGCUAGAUUCAUGGUUUGCUACUCCUUUACCAAAUGCUUCAAAAUUGUUUCCCUAUUUGCAUGGCGCUAUUUCUCAAACUCAAUGUGAUUUCCUUGAUAUGAAUAUUGAUGGUCAAGAAGAUGAUUUACCAAACGUUCGUUAUUUGUUGAUUAUCAAGUCUAAUGAAGUUGAUAAUUGCACAAUGAUCAAAUCCACAAUCACUCCUGAUGAUAUUUAUAUUGAACCUUUAACUUCGCCUUCAUCAAGUGUCAUCAAUUUGAGAAACUAUUCAUCUCAGAUUACAUUACUAUCCAAGAUAUCAGACUUUAUCAUUUAUAACGAGGAUAAUAACUUGAAGGAUAACCUUACAUUGGCUCAUGAACUACUUGAACUACAAAGUUCAGCUGCUUCCGGUUCUAAAAGACAUUACAACACUUAUAUUUUGGAUUAUGAACCAAAGGCAUUAAGCGCCAAAUACAAAAUCAAUCAAGAUUUAUCAAAACUUGCUCCAACAACGGCAUUACAAUUCACAAUGAAUAACUGGAAUUUGAAUUACCUUUUCCAUGAAAGAGUUGAAAUGUGGUUAAUGACUUCUAAAACUCAAGUUCACAAGAAUUUAUAUUUGGGGAAUGUUAAUGAUUUACACCCUGAAAACACUCAUGAAGAUGAAUUUUCAUUAAUUAUUAAUUGUCAUGAAGGUGUUAGAAUCCCAACAGGUGAUGUUAUUGAUCAAAUCUUCAAUGAUAAGUCAGAUAAAAUUGGACUAGAUUUCACAAGUUCAGGAAGUUAUUCAGUGGAAAUGAUGAGUGAUUUGGAAGUUGAUGGUAUUUUGAAAAUUUGUAAAUUGAUUCAUCAUCAUACUGAAGUUUUACACAAAAAAGUAUUCAUUUAUUGUUUUGAUGGAUAUAGUUCAUUCUCAUUUUUGUUAUUAGCUUAUGAAAUGUUUAAAACUGGUGAUUGUUUGGCUCAAAGUAUUUUGAAUUAUUUCAUCAAGUAUCAAAAACCUUUAUAUUUUUUCAAAAAUGAUUAUGAUGUCUUGUCACAAGUUUUAGAAAAAGAAUUGACCAAGAAUUGUUCAAAAUUACAAACAAUCAAUGAAUUAGAUGAUCAAGACGCUGAUACAACUUCAUUAACUUCUUCAAUCAAUUCAAUGAAUCUCAGGGAUAAUCAAGAUAUUCAACUUUUCCAAAAUUGGUUGAAUAAUGCAAAUGAUAAAAACCCACCAGCAAGAAUUUUCCCACAUUUAUAUCUAGGUACUUUUGAACAUGCAAGUUGUCCAAUUUUAUUAUCAAAAUUAUCAAUAUCUCAAGUUAUUUCAUUUGGUCAAAUUCCAACAUGGUGUGAUGAAUUAGAUUUGGAAAAUUUACAUGUUGAUAAACAUUAUGCAUCAUUAGAUAUGGAUGAAUCAAGUGUUAUUUAUAUUUACCAUAAUCCAUUACCUCAUAUCAAAAAAUUAAUUCAUGUACCAUAUUUGGAAGAUGAUGGGAAAUGUUCAGUUAUUAAUUAUUUUGAGAAGAUUUACAGAUUGGUUAAAACUGGUGAUAUUAAUCCAUUAAACAAUGAAGUCAAUUUGAUUCAUUGUAGAGUUGGUGUUUCAAGAUCUGCAUCAUUUUGUAUUUUGGAAACUAUGAAGUUGUUGAAUGUUUCAUUACCAAGAGCUUAUCUUUAUGUUCGUGUUAGAAGAUUAAAUAUAAUUAUUCAACCAAACUUGAAGAUUUUUUAUGAAUUGUUGAAGAUUGAACAAUGUUUGAAAAAAGAGAGAGAGGUUGAUUGGCAUAUCUUGUGCAGAGAGAUUGAUUAUUUAAAUAGAAGAUAUUUCUGA